UGCGACACCGGCCGUGAAUCUCUAUCUCUUCCCGGGGGCUGGCACCCAUGGGGAAGGGGGGACAGAUUGUGGCUGUUCUUCAGCUAGGUGGAGAGUUCACCACAGAUGCUGAUGGGAAUAUGUCCUAUUCUGGCGGAGAGGCGCAUGCAAUGCUUGUCAAAAGUGACUGGACUUUUGUUGCAUUUAUGCACGAGAUAUCUUCGACGCUUAACAAUCUCAAAGUGGACCAGUUCUUGUUCAAGUAUUUCCUUCCAAGGAACAACAGAACCUUGAUUUCUAUUUCCAAUGACAAGGACCUGCGUCGCAUGGUUGAAUUCCAUGCAGAGUCGGAGACGACGUACAUUUAUGUCAUAAAGAAGGUCGACAACAGGGCAUUGAGCGUUGAUGCUGACUCGGGCACUCCUGUAGAUGAACCUGCCAGUGUUCCAACGACUCCUGAUGGCUCUAAGAGGCAAAAAGUGUGUGCAGCUUGGAAGGAUGUGAUCACUGGAGUUGGCCAGUUAUUUGAAGGUCCUAAGGAUUUCCGUGAUGCCUUGCAUAAGUAUGCCAUUGCACAUAAGUUUCAUUACAGAUUUAUCAAGAACGACGCAUCUCGUGUUACUGCCGAAUGUACUGGUGAAGAUUGCACAUGGCGGAUACAUGCUUCCAAGUGUCCUGCCAAGAACAGUUUCAUGAUCAAGAAAAUAUCUGAAAGCCACACCUGUGAAACUGAAACUGUCAAAAGUCAUCGUUUGGCGUCACAGCGAUGGGUUGCUAGUGUUAUAAAAGAAAAGCUACGUGAUAGCCCAAACUACAGGCCAAGAGAUAUCGCCAAAGAUCUUCAACAGGAGUAUGGACUGUGCCUAAAUUACUCACAGGCUUGGCGUGGAAGAACAAUUGCUCAGAGAGAACUCUAUAGCUCACAUGAGGAGGCAUGCAUCCAGCUACCUUUGUUUUGUGAAAGGAUUAAAGAUACAAACCCUGGAAGCGUCGCAACAGUAGUGACUAUGGAAGAUUCAAAAUUCUGUUUCUUUGUUGCCUUCAAUGCAUCGCUUCAUGGUUUUGAGCAUGGGUGCAGGCCACUCCUUUUCCUUGAUGCAGUGUCUCCAAAACCAAAUAACAAGUGGAAGUUACUGACUGCUACUUCAGUUGACGGGGAAGGCGAUGUGUUCCCAGUUGCAUUCUCUGUAGUGGAUGCUGAGAACCGUGAAAAUUGGCACUGGUUUCUUGAGCAUCUAAAAUCUUCGCUGUCAGCAUCUCGUCCUAUAACAUUCAUAUCUAAUGGAGAAAGUGGACUAUGGGAUGAAGUACCUCUGGUUUUCCCUGACAGUCAUCAUGGAUACUGCAUGGACUUUCUUAUGGAAGAAUUUAAGAUGCAGCUGGACGAUGCAUGGACUGAAGAAGUAAGAGAUGCCUUGGUUGAGCUUCUUAAGAAAGCCAUUUAUUCAUGCACAGUUGACGAGUUUGAUCAGCAUAUGGAACAAAUUAAAGUUGAAUCUGAGAAGCUUGCUGAAUGGCUUUUGGAGAUCAAACCUGAGCGGUGGUCAGAUGCCCAUUUCAAGGGGUCACGUUAUGGUCAGUACUCCUGCAAUAUUUCCAACACUAUUGUCGAGUGGAUGCCCUCAAGAUAUGAGCUUUCAGUUGUGCAGUUAGUUGACACGAUAAGAUGCAAGCUCAUGGAGAUGAUGUACACACGCAGAGAGUCUUCUAAUGAAUGGGCUGGGGUAUUAACGCCUGCAGCGAACCAUAAAUUGCAGGAAGAGCUCAGCAAAGCUCAUUCACUCAAUGUUACGCCCUCAGAUAGCGAUGGAGAUGGCAACAUGUUUAAGGUGUGCGAUGACUCAGUUAAUGUUGUCAACAUGGACAUGUGUGACUGCACCUGCCGAAAGUGGCAUGUUUCUGGGCUGCCAUGCAUGCAUGCAAUGGCAGUAUUUGAGCGCACUGGGCAGUAUGCAUAUGACUACUGUGUGAAGUAUUUCACGACUGAAAGCUACCGGUUGACGUAUGCCUUGUCCAUAAAUCCUAUACCUGAUGCUGUUCUGCCUUCUACUGCAAUAACGGAUCCGUCGCAGAGUCCAGCGACAUAUGCAUUCCCAUUGCGAACUCGGCGGCAGGUUGGCAGGCCGAAAGAGAAACCUGCUGAUCCACGCAUCACAGUUAAAAGGGGAGUGCGCUGCAGCAGAUGCAAAGGGUAUGGUCACAACAAAGCAACUUGCAAGAUUCCUAUCAGCGGCGAAGCCUUACCAUCAUCUGAGCUCGCCCUACCCGAGGCCGUACCACCAGCUGAGCUCACCCUCUCUGAGGCCGUACCAUCAGCUGAGCUUGCCCUCUCCGGGGCUGUACCAUCAGCUGAGCUCUCCCUCUCCGAGGCCUCACCACCAGCUGAGCUCUCCCUCUCCGAUGUACACAGUUAAGGUGGAGAGUUGCUCUUGAUGUUCCCUGUAAGGAAAUUGGUGCUAUUUCUUUCUCUGAGUAAGCUGUAAUAUAGAUGCCGUAGCUGUUGACUGUAGCUCAAAUUGCUUCGUGAACUUGUCGUAUUCGCUGCUGUGUUUAGGCUGACAACAUUCAGUUCGUAAAUUAAACCUUGUGUGAUGGACACCACCAUUAGAGAAAGCUUUGGAAAUUAUUCUGCUAUAUUCUGGAGCCCGGUCUAUUGUUGUA